AUGUUACGGAAUGCUACCAAAGGAGUGGUCCGAAAGGGUGUCACGGAACUUGCUCAAUAUCCCAAGCCAGGCGACAAACUGCAUGGCUUCACUCUCCUACGAUCGAAGCAUGUACCGGAGCUGGAGCUGACAGCCUUGCACCUACAACACGACAAGACCGGCGCAGACUACCUACAUGUUGCGCGAGAAGACAAGAACAAUGUAUUCUCAAUCGGUUUCAAGACGAACCCUCCAGACGACACUGGUGUGCCGCAUAUCCUCGAGCACACGACAUUAUGCGGGAGCGAAAAUGACAGAUAUCCUAUACGAGAUCCUUUCUUUAAGAUGUUACCGCGAACCCUAUCUAAUUUCAUGAACGCUUUUACCGCUUCUGACCAUACCUUUUACCCUUUCGCCACGACUAAUGAGCAAGACUUUAAGAACUUGAUGGGCGUGUAUUUAGAUGCGACAUUACAUCCGCUAUUGAAACAGAGCGACUUUACGCAAGAAGGAUGGAGAAUUGGACCGGAGAAUCCCAAAGUUGCGCUCGCCGGAGAGUCCGCAAAACCAGAGGAUUCGAAGCUGGUCUUCAAGGGCGUGGUGUAUAACGAGAUGAAGGGGCAGAUGUCGGAUGCUGGAUAUCUAUACUAUAUCAGAUUCCAGGAUCACAUAUUCCCGGCCAUUAACAACUCUGGCGGAGAUCCUCAGAAAAUGACCGAUUUGACGUACGAGCAGUUGAAGAAAUUCCACGCCGAGCACUACCACCCAAGUAAUGCUAAGGUCUUCACGUACGGUGAUAUGCCUUUGGCUGAUCAUUUAGUGGAGGUAAAUGCCCAAUUGAGCGCUUUUGAGAAGAUUGAGGGAGACUUUGAGAUCCGCCGGCCUGUUGAUCUUAGCGGAGGGCCACAGAAUGUCACGGUUGCCGGUCCUAUCGACCCGCUUGUACCUCUAGAUAUGCAGUACAAGACUUCAACAUCAUGGUUGAUGGGAGAUACCACCAAUAUUUUGGAAAAUUUCUCCGUAGGCCUGCUGUCCAAUCUACUCAUGGAUGGGUAUGGAUCACCUCUCUAUCGUAAUUUGAUCGAGGCUGGGCUGGGGACCGAAUGGAGUCCAAAUAGCGGUUUCGAUGGAUCAGGCAGAGUCGGUAUAUUCUCAAUCGGCCUUACUGGCGUGAAGGAAGCGGAUGUGCCAAAGGUCAAGGAGACGAUUCAUAAAACAUUCCAGGAGGCGUAUGAAAAUGGGUUUGACCAAUCCAAAAUCGAGGGAUAUCUUCAUCAGCUAGAGUUGGGCUUGAAACACAAAACAGCAAAAUUCGGAAUGUCAUUGAUGCAAAGAAUCAAGCCAGGGUGGUUUGAGGGCGUGGACCCUUUCGAGGCAUUGGCCUGGAACGACACUAUUAAUGCGUUUCAAGCCGAGCUUGCCAAAGGCGGCUAUCUAGAGGGCCUGUUGAAGAAGUACUUGCUCAACGACGACACUCUUACCUUUACUAUGACACCCUCGGCGACUUAUGCGGACGAACUUGUGUCAGAAGAAGCUACAAGACUAGCAACUAAGAUCGAAGAAGUUACCAAGAAAUUAGGGGGUGAGGCAGAAGCUCGUGCGCAGCUAGAAAAGAGAGAACUUGAGCUUUUGGAAGAGCAAGGAAAAUCAAAUACCCAAGACCUUAGCUGCUUACCGACAGUGUAUGUCAAAGAUAUACCUAGACAGAAGGAUGGUGCCACUCUGAGAGACUCGAAGGUCGACAAGGUCAAUGUCCAGUGGAGAGAAGCCCCAACGAAUGGACUUACAUAUUUCAGAGCCGUCAACACAUUCGAAAACCUUCCAGAUGAGUUACGAGAGCUGAUUCCUCUAUUCACUGACUCCAUCAUGCGGUUGGGCACUCCAGACAUGUCAAUGGAGCAAUUGGAGGAUCUUAUGAAGUUGAAGACUGGAGGUGUCAGUGCUGGUUAUUACUCGACUCCAUCGCCUUUUGACUUCAAGUCCUCUACAGAAGGCAUGAGUUUCUCGGGGACUGCGCUAGAUCGAAACGUUCCUGACAUGUUCAACAUCUUGCGCAUGCUGGUGCUCGAAACAGAUUUUGAUAGCAUCGAGACACAAUCAAGGAUCAGGCAGCUACUACAAGGGUCGGCUGAUGGUGCCGUUAACAGUAUUGCAUCUUCCGGUCAUGUGUUUGCCAGAACAGCGGCCGAGGCCAACAUUACUGACUACGGUCGAUUGAGAGAGCAGGUCGGUGGUCUAUCACAGGUGAAGCUCGUCACUUCGCUAGCAUCCAGACCAGAAUCUGAAGGACUAGCGGAUGUGGUUGAGAAGCUAAAGGCGAUUCAAAAGUUUGCCUUGUCAAGCUCUAGUACCUUUCGUACUGCUAUAACCUGUGGUAGCGAGAGUGUCUCUGAAAAUGAGGCAUAUCUACAAAAGUUCUUGUCAACUUUGCCUUCUUCCACACCAUCAUCUCCUAAAGUACCAGCGCCAAAUCUUUCCCGGAACUCUAAAACUUUCUUCCCACUUCCCUACCAGGUCUAUUAUGGAGCUUUAGCACUUCCUACAGUCUCCUACACAUCAUCCGCUGGCGCACCUCUUCAAAUUCUUUCCCAACUUCUUACACAUAAACAUCUCCACCACGAAAUCCGCGAGAAGGGUGGUGCGUACGGGGGAGGAGCCUACUCCAAGGGCAUAAACGGCAUAUUUGGUUUCUAUUCUUAUCGCGACCCAAAUCCUCAAAACACCAUGUCCAUCAUGCGUAAUGCUGGGCAAUGGGCCGUGGAAAAGCAAUGGACACCACGAGAUCUCGAAGAAGCAAAACUAUCUGUUUUCCAGAGUGUGGAUGCGCCCGAAAGCGUUAGUAGCGAGGGUAUGACACGUUUCCUGAGCGGAGUCACCGACGAGAUGCUUCAGACUCGCCGUGAACAGCUUCUCGACGUAACGACCGAGCAGGUUAGAGAAGUUGCGCAGAAGUACGUUGUUGAUGCGUUGGAGAAGGGGGAGGGCAAGAUGGUCUUUUUGGGUGAGAAGAAGCCUUGGGUUGAUGCGAAUUGGGAAGUUAAGGAAUUGGGUAUGGCUACUGCUCCCGCGGAACCGGAGAUUUUGGAUGAAGAGGAUGUUAAGGAUGCUGCUUUGGGAUCAUGA